AUCUUAGAAAUAGGCGGGGUUUAUGACUUUGUGCCGUGGUAACUAGUGACGACUGUGUUGUUGUUGUUUCCUUUCCCCCCACUGAAAAUAAGUUUCCUGCAAAAUCUUUGUAAACAACAGCUAGAAGAUGGCGAUGAAACGAACAUCAAGUUAUGCUCUAAUUUUACUGUUUAUGUCAUUUAUUUUAACUGAGUCUGCACCUCGACAGUUGAACACGGAAAGCAUUCUGAUCAAUGUGACAGCAGGUACAUUGGAUGACACACAGGUGCAGGAGUCCAACAACUUGCAGAUCAACCUAAAUAUUUCAGUGGAUGAAGAGCAAGUGCUCAUCAAUGACAUCCCUGUGGAGUUGUCAGGGGUGACUAGGUUGAACUGCCAAGCCUUGCUGUUGGAUACCAUCAAUGGUACCAGUGAAUUUGAAUCUGGUGACUAUGUGUCCACUGUCACCCGGGUGAUGGUGAGCCAGAAUCGCCUGUGGAGUGAUUUAGAAGAGGUGGUGGCUCUUCAGGUGUUCAGCGAGGUCAUUGAGAUGGAGGGGAAAAAAGUCCAGCAGCCAGAAAUGUGCGAAGUGAAGAUACUGAUGAGCACCAAUUUCCAGAAGCUUGCUCAGUAUACCAACACCUACCCCAUUGGACACAGUGAGAUUUUCAGGAUCCCAAGGGAAAAUGAUGUGGUCAUCACAGAUCCAACAAAUCCUAAAAAUGCUGAAGACCAAGUGAUGUCCCAGACCACCAAUCAUUACCCUCUGAAGCAUGCUGAUACCACCCAGGAGGAGAUUGCUGCCCCAGGCAAGCUCCCAGAGACUCCCCUCCGCAUGGACCCAGACCUGCUGUAUGAUAACAAUAAUAAAGAUGAUGACUUGGGAGGGCUGUCGAAUCAAAUGCAGACAGAGGCACCGCUCAAAGAAUCAAUUUCCUCUUACAGUGCAAUGUGUCGAUGGGUAGAGGAGGUGAGGGACCGCCUGCGACGCUUCUGGUCUGAGUCGUUGCCCCUGUUCUUCUUGGUCAUGUGGGUGGUGGUGAUUGGUGUGGUUGGGUCAGCGGUCAUUGUCAAGAUCCUGGACAUGCUUUUCCCAACAUGUGAACACAAGGGAAUUUUCCAUUUAAAUCCAGCGACUCUGAUGCCGGAAGAUGAGAAACACACCCUGCUAGAGAACAUUGAAAUAGAGGCAGAUAAAAAGCCUUAAAUGAAGACUGAAGACUGAAAACUGAUGAAGUGGAGUGAGUCUGAUUGCAGCCGUUGACAACACAAGGCAUUAUGUGGUUAGAGAAACAAUAUUUUUGUAGCACUUAUUACACAUGCAUUGCAUACACAUUUUUAACUUUAUUUUUCAAACAUACCCUCUACUCAAAACAUGAAUGUGCAAUGUUAAUACUGCAAGCAGAUCAUACUUAUGGACCUAGCUACCUACUGCAUUUUACAUUUUAGUCAUUUAGCAGACGCUCUUAUCCAGAGCGACUUAGUUAGUGAGUGCAUACAUUUUUUCAA